GGCCUUACACUAGCAAAAACCAAAGAACUGAACAGCUAAUCGAUUAACUAAGGCAUGAAUUUAGCAUUUUAUAACCAGUGAUUUUUUUUCAAAAAAAAUUUAAUAUUGAAAAUGAUGUGACCGAGGUUAUACAUUUUUGCUUAGGUAUGUUUUCAACCAGCUAAGAAUUAAUUAUUUUACGAGGAUUGCUUAAUAACUAUUUUGUAAAAAGGACACCUUUAUUUUGAAGAAAUAUGACAGGAAGUCUGGAGUAACCCGAUUCAUUUGACACAAAGGCAGUAACCAUGGACGAUUAUCAGACAGAAGAAGAAGAAUCUGCUUUCGUCGUUGAAGAAGUGAGUAAAAUAAUAAAAGAGUCAGUAGAAGCAACCAUAGGAAGAAACACCUACCAGCACAACCGGGUGAACCAGUGGAGCACCAGUGUAGUGGAACAGUGCCUCGGUCAACUCGGCAAGCUGGGAAAGCCCUUCAAAUAUAUUGAAAAAUGGAGCAGGUCUGCAAACAGCCAGUGCAUGCUUCUGGGACAACUCUACUGAUGGAAGCUGUGCAGUGAGAUGGGAGAACAAGUCCAUGUAUUGUAUUGUUAAUGUUUUUGGGCUGGCUAUCUGAACCUACAACAAAAAGUGUUUAAAAUGUGCAGGAUUUUGUGUAUUUUGAGAACCAGCCUGUUAUAUUUGGCCAUGUUGGUUAUAGUUGAACAAACUGUAUGUUAGGAAGUUGAUUAAAACAUGUAAAACUGUA